AUGGCUUUACGAAAUUUGAGUAAACUAAAAAUCCACAAAUUCGGCAUCAGACAGUUCAGCAAAGAGGCGAAUUUGGUAUCCGUUGCAGUGAAUGAUAAAACCGGAGUAGCCACUUUAAAUCUGCAAAGGCCGCCUGUAAAUAGCCUUAAUUUGGAGAUUUUAUCUGAAAUAUCUUCCACUUUAACGGAUUUGGAAAAAAACAAAACUCGCGGAUUGAUACUCACUUCCAAAAAUGAAGGUAUUUUUUCUGCUGGUUUAGAUAUUAUGGAAAUGUACAAGCCUGAUGUUGAAAGGAUGAAGAAAUUCUGGACCACAUUGCAAGAUACUUGGAUUAAACUAUACAGUUGCUCUUUUCCAUCAGUAGCUCUAAUUAACGGUCACGCUCCAGCUGGUGGUUGUCUAUUAGCAUUGUCCUGUGAAUACAGAGUGAUGUUUAAAAACUGCACUAUUGGACUGAACGAAACUCAACUCGGAAUUGUUGCUCCCCAAUGGUUCAUAUCUUCAAUGAGGAAUGUAAUUGGUCAGAGACAAACUGAAAGUGCCCUUACUCAAGGACGUAUGUUCAAGACUGAGGAAGCUUUAAGCAUCGGUAUGAUUGAUGAAGUUGUAGAAAAUAAUGAAGAAGGAGUAGCUCGAGCUGCAGCUUUUUUGAAACGAUUUGAAAGGAUUCCACCCAUGGCUAGAGCAAUGACUAAGAAGUACAUCAGAAAAGAGACUAUUGAAAAUAUGGUUAAAAAUAGGGAGGAAGAUUUGAAAAAUUUUGUUACAUAUGGUACACAACCAGCAGUGCAGGAGUACCUCGGUGCAUAUUUGCAGAGUUUGAAGAAGAAAUCAAAGGCCUGA